AUGAAGUCCACCACUCUCCUCACAGUGCUCGCCACAGUUACAGCAGCUUUAUCCCAACCGAAUCUAGUGCCAGCUCCUCCGUCCAUCUCUGCGUCUCCCCAUGCACCAAACAACUUCAAGCCAUCUCACCCCCACCCCCAGAAGCCACACCACAAAAUCUGCAAAGUCAAGCCCUCGCUGAAAGACGCAGGCCCCGGAAUCCUCGCCGCAGCACACAAAUGCAACCGUGGCGGAACCGUCUUCCUGCCACCGGGCGACUACAUCAUCGCGACGGCGCUGGACCUGACGUUUUUGGACAACAUCGACUUUGCAAUCUACGGCAAUGUCAGCUUCAAGCAGGAUAUUGACCUCUGGCCCACGCAGGCAUUUGAGUAUGCGUUCCAGACAUCGAGUAUGUUUUGGCGGUUUGGAGGGAGGGAUGUUAAUGUUUAUGGGGGCGGGAAGGGGGUUAUUGAUGGACGCGGCCAGUACUGGUGGAGCGCCAUGGCCGAGGACAAGGGGGUGAUGAGGCCCUGUCUCUUUGGCACGGAUGGUCUGCAUCAUGCUACUAUUUCCGGUCUCACCAUGCUUGAUCCGCCGGGCUGGUUCAACCUCAUUGCCAACUCUAGUGAUAUCCUGAUCAGCGAUAUGACGAUGCUGGUUGGCAAAGCGUUGGAGGGAAAACCUGCCAAGAACACCGAUGGCUGGGACACGUACCGCAGCUCCAACGUCGUCAUUCAAAACUCCCGAGUCGUCAACACAGAUGACUGCGUCUCCUUCAAACCAAACUCGACCGGCAUCAUCGUCCAAAACCUCGACUGCACCGGCUCGCACGGAAUCUCCGUCGGGAGUCUUGGACAAUACCAGGGAGAAACCGACCUCGUCGAAGACAUCCACGUGUACAACGUGACCAUGACCAACGCUACGGACGUCGCGCGGAUCAAGGUCUGGCCGGGUGUUGCCCCGGGCACGACGGGGUCGAGUAGUGGAGGUGGCCUGGGCCUUGUGCGGAACGUGACCUAUGAGGGUAUGCGCAGCUACAAUAAUGAUCAUGUUAUUUCGGUUAGCCAGUGCUACUAUGCGGCGGAUCAGGCGAGCUGUGAUAAGAACCCGUCGUCGCUUGUUAUUGAGGACAUCUAUUUCCGGGACUUUGAGGGGACCACGUCGAAGAAGUAUGAUCCGCGGAUCGGGGAGCUGACGUGCAGCAGCCCGGAUGUCUGCCAUGAUUUCCACCUGAGCGAUAUCAACGUUAGUCCGCCGAGUGGCCAGGAAGCCUACUUUGGCUGCGCGAAUAUGGAGGGAUCGAGUCUGGACGAAAUCACUUGUCGAUCAAGCUAGCAAUAGAGAUUUCUUGGGGAGGAAAAGAUUGCCGAG